CGAGCCGCCGCCGCCUCCUCUCCGGCUGCAGCUCCCGGCGUGCCCCGCACUCGCCGCCGCCCGCCCCGCCCGCCCCGCCCAGCGCCUCAGAGCCGGAGCCCGAGCCGCCGCCGCAGCCACAGCCGCGGGCACUAUGGCUUCUGGAGUUACAGUGAAUGAUGAAGUCAUCAAAGUUUUUAAUGAUAUGAAAGUAAGGAAAUCUUCUACACAAGAGGAGAUCAAAAAAAGAAAGAAAGCAGUUCUCUUCUGUUUAAGCGAUGACAAAAGACAAAUAAUUGUAGAGGAAGCAAAGCAGAUCUUGGUGGGUGACAUUGGUGAUACUGUAGAGGACCCCUACACAUCUUUUGUGAAGUUGCUACCUCUGAAUGAUUGCCGAUAUGCUUUGUACGAUGCCACAUACGAAACAAAAGAGUCUAAGAAAGAAGACCUAGUAUUUAUAUUCUGGGCUCCUGAAAGUGCACCUUUAAAAAGCAAGAUGAUUUAUGCUAGCUCUAAAGAUGCCAUUAAAAAGAAAUUUACAGGUAUUAAACAUGAAUGGCAAGUAAAUGGCUUGGAUGAUAUAAAGGACCGUUCCACACUUGGAGAGAAAUUGGGAGGCAAUGUAGUCGUUUCACUUGAAGGAAAACCCUUAUAAAAUGACAGUCAAGUGCCAUCUGGAUCUUAAAGAGCUUUCCAUUUCUCCCACUCAGUCAUUUGGAAUAUUAUUAGGUGUUUGUUUUUCCCUCUUUCCACUCAUUUCUUCCAACACAAUGAAUGAAGGAAAUAUCAUUCAUAUACGCAACCUGUCAGUGAUUGCCAUUAGACUGUUUACUACCAUUACUUUUAUGUAGAAUCCAAGGAAUGCCUUCCUGUCAUAUUUUAGCCAAAACAACUGGUUAUAUGCCUUCCUUGCAGCAAGCACUACAAUGAAUGUGAUUGUCAAUGUGAAUAGCUUAGAUUAUUGCAAAGGGUAAGCUAAUUGAAUGCCUUGAAAGUAUUAUCCACUGGUCAGAUGGUAAACUUUAUUCAGUAUUAUUUAUAGUUGCACUUGAUUGCAGUUCUGUGAGGCUCAAGCAUUUAUACACCUCACCUGCCUUGGCAAGCCUAUUUUUGUGACAUGGCAGCACGGAUAUAACACUAUGCAUUGAAAGCACUUUUUUGUAAUGAAUUUAACGCCCCCACUCCCAAAUGGAAUGCCAAUUAAGUUUUGUUAAAUAUGUCAGUUUAUUCUAGUACCUCAGUGUUCAUUCCUGUUACCUGCAUAUCUUCAAGGAAAAUAGCUGUUAUUAAUACCUUUUUUGUUUUCCAUUGAGUGUACACUACUGAAUAAGUGUAGGAAUUUUAUGUUUACCAUGUAAGUCUUGCAACAGUAAAGAUAUUUUGAAUAUCAGUCAUGAUGGCAAUUUCUGUAUAAAAGAGCCUUAAAUGGAACAUUGUUUUUGAGCUCAAACCCCAUCCUUACAAAAAUGGCCACGUUGCAAUAAAAAUUGUGGCAUAUUACAGAACCUUGCCUUGUUUUCCUUGUACAUUUUGCAAAAUGGUAUGUGAAGCAACUCCUAGGGUAAAUAGCUAUUAUUAAUCUCUACACUGGUCAUUUAAGAUUUUUUUCGUACAAUAUAAUAUACAAUAUUUUCCAGUUUGUUAGGCUUAUUUGAUUUAAAAAUAUUUUAUCCUAAAGCCAACUAGUAUAAAUACUGUUGUUAUAGAGAGAUACAUUUAUAAGCAUUAGCUUAUUUCCUAUGUGUUAAUACGAAGAUCAGAAAUUACUUUUUUUGCCCGUUAUCAUGACUCGUCAAUAUCUGGUUUAUUCUCUGGAUAAAUUAGGGUGGUUAUUUUCUGAUUCACAUUUACAUUUUUAUGUAGUUGAAUGGUAGAAGCAGGAGGCUUGUAUUGUAUAUUUGGUCAUAAUGAAAAUUAUUUUUCAAAUUUGCCCCUCAAAAGUUUAAUAAUAAUUCCUAUUUAGGAACUUUGAUUUCAGCUACUAUUUCUUAAUCUGUUUUGCAAAUUGAAGGGAAAAAAGAAUUGAUCCAGCAAUCUUAAACAUUAAUAUGAGAUCUGGCAGUGUUCCACAUUACUCUCCUUAUAGAGAAUUUGAUCUGCUCACUGUGAGCAGUUUGCUGUUAGCCAGAGCUAUUUAUGGCAAACACAUGCUUUUGUAUCUUGUCAUAGUUAUCCACAAAUGGCAAAACUGGACUUGAUUCUACUGGUAUGCAAAACAGGCAUGCUAGUAAGCAGGCAAUCAUGAUUUAAAACUUAAUUCCAUAGCUCUGAAGACUACUCCUGUCAGAAAACAGGAAAUGAAAAACCCUCUUUUCAAGUGUAUAAAAGUAAUCUGAUUGUAAUUAGAUUUUCUCAAUAUUUUCAAAGGCAUUUUCAGAUGGAAACAAGUAGAAGUAAAAUGUCUAGGCUUCCAUUUAAAAUUAUAUGAAUGACUUGGGAUCUUUUGCACCGAAUAAUUUUAUUUCAGGCUUCCAGCUGUCACUGUGAGUUAUCCUGGACAUUUUGAUGACUUUUUGGUAAGGCAAAACUCCUAAGUAAAGCAUGAGAAUACUGACAUGUACUAAAACAUGUGUAACUGAUACUAGUACCAUGGAAUUAUUUUUAUUUCCUCAUUCUUCUAAAAAAUAAGGGACUCUUAAGUUUAUAUAGUAUAUUUGUUUUCAUAGCUGAUUUCUCAACUUUCUUAACAUGCCUCUUUAAUUCUAUAAUAAUUUCAGAGAUUAUAUCGUGCUUUAAACUGUGAUACUUUGUGUUUCUUAGCUUGACAUAACUGAUAUUGAUAUAGUUAAGUUCAUCUUUGAAAUACAUCUUUGUGCAUAAAACCAAAAAUAAUGAUAAAAUCAAUGACUUACAUUCUUGAGACAAAUUUGGCAUUUGAAAUUUAAUUCAAUGGCAAAUUUUAUUUUAUAAUGAUUUACAAUGAACCAGUGUUCCAGUUAGCUUUAUAAGGUAUAUGGUGCUAAUUAGUAAAAUAUUGAGGACAAUAUUUGAGGCAAUAUUUUGCUGCUAGCUUGAAAAAUUAUGUUUUAAAAUAAAAUAUAUGAAACUAU